UGUUCUCAACCAAGCUCGAUCAUUUUGUCAAAGUUUGCACCUUUGACUUUUUCUCUGUGUAUCCCAAAAUGGGUGGUAGCGAGAACUCGAAGGCUAUGGUUGUGAAUCGUCUGGCUGAUUCCAUCAGAGAUAUUUCUGGGUUACCUGAAUGUCAAAACGUUUGCAAGAGGAUGUAUGGGAAUUUGAUUCGCAGGGUGAAGCUUUUAAGCCCUUUGUUUGAGGAAUUGAAAGACUCUGAUGAAUCCCUUUGUGAUCAACAGCUUCAAGCUUUUGAAUCUCUAAGGGUUGCUUUGGAUUUGGCUAUCACCCUUCUAAAGUCUGUGAAUCAAGGGAGUAAGCUUUAUCAGGCUUUGCGGAGGAAUGAAAUAGCAGAUAAGUUCCAACAAAUAACUGAAAAAAUUGAAGCUGCAUUGAGUGAAAUUUCAUACAACAAACUUCAGAUAUCAGAGGAAGUUCAAGAACAGAUUGAACUGGUGCAUGCUCAGUUCAAAAGAGCCAAAGCUCAAACAGAAUUUGCUGAUUUACAACUAGAAUUGGAUAUAGCAGUAGCACAGAAAGAAAAAGACCCUGAUCCUGCUAUACUCAAAAGACUUUCUGAGAAGUUGCAUCUGAGGACUAUCAAUGAUCUAAAGAAAGAGUCUAGUGAAUUGCAUGAAUUAGUCAUAACAAGCGAUGGAGAACUCGGGGACAGUUUUGAAACGGUCUCGUCCCUUCUUAGGAAACUGAAAGACUGCGUGCUCACUGAAAAUCCAGAGGUUGAUACCUAUGAGAGCGAGAAAUUGUCAAUUAGGCACCGGUCUCCUGUAAUCCCAGACGAUUUUCGAUGUCCUAUAUCUCUUGAACUAAUGAAAGAUCCUGUAAUUGUCUCUACCGGUCAGACAUAUGAAAGAUCCUGCAUUCAAAAAUGGCUUGAUGCUGGUCACAGAACCUGCCCCAAGACACAGCAGACACUUUUGCAUACAGCUCUUACUCCAAACUAUGUUUUGAAGAGUCUGAUUGGUUUAUGGUGCGAAAGCAAUGGUGUUGAACUUCCAAAGAAGCAAGGUAACUGUAGAACAAAGAAAUCCGGAAGCAGUCAUUCAGAUUGUGACAGAACUGCUAUCAAAGCUUUAUUGGAUAAACUUACAAGUAAUGAUAUCGAACAGCAAAGAGCGGCUGCUGGUGAGCUCCGGUUGUUGGCCAAGAGGAAUGCAGAUAAUCGAGUAUGUAUUGCUGAGGCAGGAGCAAUACCGCUUCUCGUCGAGCUGCUGUCCUCUGCAGACCCUCGAACUCAGGAACACGCUGUUACAGCGCUUCUCAAUCUUUCCAUCAACGAGAGUAACAAAGGAAGUAUAGUAAAUGCAGGAGCUAUACCGGAUAUCGUAGACGUACUGAAAAAUGGCAGCAUGGAGGCUAGAGAAAACGCAGCUGCGACUCUCUUUAGUUUAUCCGUUCUAGACGAGAACAAAGUUGCAAUAGGUGCAGCAGGAGCUAUCCCGGCUCUUAUAAAGUUACUUUGUGAAGGUACUCCAAGAGGCAAAAAAGAUGCAGCUACUGCUAUAUUUAAUCUAUGUAUUUAUCAGGGAAACAAAGCUAGAGCUGUAAAAGCCGGGAUAGUUGUUUCGCUGAUACGGUUUAUGAAGGAUGCAGGGGGAGGGAUGGUUGACGAAGCGCUAGCCAUAAUGGCAAUCCUUGCAAGCCAUCAUGAAGGUAGGAUAUCAAUCAGUCAGGCCGAGCCAAUCCCUGUUUUGGUUGAGGUUAUACGAACUGGAUCACCACGCAACCGGGAGAACGCUGCUGCUGUUUUGUGGUCUGUAUGCACGGGAGAUCUAAUGCAAUUGAAACUAGCAAAGGAACAUGGAGCUGAAGAAGCACUUCAGGGAUUAUCAGAAAAUGGAACUGAUAGAGCUAAGAGAAAAGCUGGAAGUAUAUUAGAACUCUUACAGAGAAUGGAAGGGGAAGAUGGUUUGCAAAAUUCCUAGCUUCAGAUGUAACUUUAUUAUAUAUAUAUAGUUCAAUUCAAAGAUAGAUGAUGGUCAGAAAACUGUGCAGAAACUUCGUGGUAAUUCAUAUUAUGUUUGGAGUGUCUUAAAGGGAAAUGUUGUAAAUUAUUUUUUAAUAAAUGUUACGUGAGGAUUGUAAAUGUAUUAAGUUUUUGUAAAUUCGCUUUUGAAAAUGUUAUAUGAGGAAUCUAAAUGGUACUGCAGUAGUUUAAGCCUGCUCUAUCAAAAUAAAUCAGCAUGAAAUCGAGUCCAAGCUUUGAUAA